AUGAUCAUUGAUAAAUUCUCAUAUCCUGCGUUUAACGAGCUUCGGUUAAAAUACAUUUCGGAGUUGAUCGUGCUCUAUCCUGAAUUUGCUUUCAAAGCUGCUGACUAUAUAUUUUCGCAGGAAGGAACAAUGACGGCGAGGUACGAGCUACUAGAAUGCAUACAUACCGCAGCCAUUUCACUUUCUACGAAGACAAAAGUUAAAGAAAAGCCGAUCAUGCAAUUGGGCCCCGGCUCGAUGUCGAUGCCUCGAGUUUGCAACCAGCUUUCUGCGGUGGUGGACUCCUUCGCAACGAGACAAGAACCAUGCUUGUGUUUGGCAGCGUUGGUGGCACGAACGACGAUUGCCAAAGUAUUGCCAAGAGAUAAUUUCAUUCAGGAGUAUUCAUCGGUUUUCGAAUCGUGGCUUAUGUGGGCUUCGAAAUUGGGAGAUGAUCCAGAUUCGGAAGAGGAGGCUAAAAAGGCGGCAAGGGAAUUGAUCUCGGCAUUGAUUGAUUUUCGGCUAUCUACCUCACGGGCUAAUGACGCUAGACGACCGUCCGCAAUCUGC